UCGCAUGGUCCGUCCGCUCAGGUCAUUUUUUUAUUAUACUCCAAUUUAAAAAAAACAAACAUGUCUUUUCGGAACAUAUCCAAAGAGACGCUGGCUGGAUCGGUCACGUUGGGAUUCAUUUUCGUAGCGGGCUAUUUUCUCAUGAAGAGAAAACCGUUCAGAAUGAUCUCCAAAAGUCACUGCGGCGGCAAAAACGACCCGCUGAUGCAGUACGUCCUCCGUCACUCCAUGAGGGAGCAUCCCGCCUUGGCCAAACUCAGAGAGACGACACUGGCGCAGAACGGCAACCGUAUGAUGGUGGCCUGUGAGCAGUCGCAGUUCAUGGCCAAUUUGGUCAGACUGAUCAAAUCCAAGAAGGCCAUAGAGAUUGGAGUGUACACUGGGUACAACACGCUGAACAUGGCCUUGGCGCUGCCCGAGGACGGUGUCGUGGUUGCGUGCGACAUCGAUGAAAACUUUGUCAAUGUGGGCAAACCCUUCUGGAAAGAGGCAGGGGUGGAGAAAAAGAUUGAUCUGCGCAUUCAGCCGGCGCUGAACACACUGGAUGACCUCUUGGCUGCUGGCGAUGCUGAAACUUUUGACUUUGUCUUCAUUGAUGCUGAUAAGGUGAACUAUGACCCCUACUAUGAAAAGUCCUUGAAGCUCAUAAGAAAAGGAGGCAUCAUUGCCAUCGACAACGUGCUUUGGGGCGGCAGGGUCCUGCAGCCGGCCGCCGAUGACCUGGACACGGUUGCCAUCGACAAACUGAACAAGAAGCUGCACCGAGAUGCUCGAAUCAAUCUGAGCAUGCUCACUAUAGGAGACGGCCUCACGCUGGCUGUGAAAUUGUAGUCCAUUCAGUGCAAUUGUGGGUUUUUUUUUUGUUGUAGAAAGUACAAUCCAUAGAAUUAAUUACUGAGGGGUUUUUUAACUUCAUUUUGCCUCUCUUUGUUGACUCAACAAGAGUACAUUGCCUCAAAAAGCAUGUCUCCAAACAACUGAGAUGUCUUAAAUAUUUUUGUAUUUUGAUUUAGGAUUAAAUUUCUACAAAACCUUGA